CAGCGUAUGUAAAUAUGCAAAUGCAGUGGAGUUGGGCCCACUUCAUGAAUUUUUUUGUGCAAAAUUUUAAUUUCAAUCAUCCAUCCUGAUCCAUUCAGUCGUCAUCGAGCGUCGCGUCGUGAAACUUCUAUUUAGUUGCAAAUUUUGUAAACACACGUGACCAAAAUCCCAAACUCAAUCAGGACAGUCGUUUUGCGAAUAAAUGAUGGAACAUGGAUCAGGGUAAUGACGACGUUGUUUAUGCCCGUCAUGAGGACCUCGUCCGGAUCCUAAACCGCCUCAAUGAAACCCAAGCGGAAUUAGCUUGUGAACUUAAAAAAACACUCUCACCCCUAUCAAAUGGCUGUCCUGUCGACUUCGAUACUGUUUUAUGUUGGCCGCAAACGGCACCGAAUUCCCUUGCUGUUUUACCUUGCUUCGACCAACUCAAUGGCAUUAAGUACGACACCAGAGAAAACGCGACCCGUCUGUGUUUCGCAAACGGAAGUUGGGACCAAUACAGCAACUACACCUCGUGCAAAGAGCUGUCCUCUUUAGAAGUGCCCGAAGUGGAACUAACAACCACAAUCUACUUCAUUGGCUACACCGUAAGCUUAGUGGCGCUUCUCUUUGCCGUUUACAUCUUCUGGAAGUUCAAAGACUUGCGAUGUCUGCGAAAUACCAUCCAUAUGAAUCUGAUGUGUUCCUACAUCCUUGCGGAUUUUAUGUGGAUUUUCGUUUACAGUUUACAGGUUCCUUUACAAACUAACAAGGCUUUCUGCAUAUUCCUCAUAAUUCUACUGCACUACUUCCACCUGACCAACUUUUUCUGGAUGUUUGUGGAAGGUUUAUAUCUAUACAUUUUGGUGGUGAAAACAUUCACCGGCGAGAACAUCAAGCCUCGGAUCUACGCAGUAAUAGGUUGGGGAGGACCGAUUUUGUUUGUGCUGGUAUGGGGCAUUGCUAAAAGUUUCACACUACCGUUAGAAGACCAACAGGCGGGGGAAAUGUUCCGGAGUUGUCCUUGGACUCCGCAUCCUUUCGACUGGAUCUAUCAAAUACCCGCAAUUGCCGUACUUAUAAUUAAUCUAAUAUUCCUUUGCAUAAUCAUGUGGGUAUUAAUAACCAAACUCCGGUCAGCCAACAAUGUGGAAACGCAACAAUACCGGAAAGCGGCCAAAGCUCUCCUAGUCCUUAUUCCCCUCCUGGGAGUCACUUACAUUCUCGUAAUAGUGGGGCCCACUGAAGGCAUCUCUCGACGCAUAUACGACAGCAUUAGAGCCAUCCUUUUAUCAACACAGGGCUUUACUGUGGCGCUUUUUUACUGUUUCCUCAACGCUGAGGUGAAGAAUACGGUGCGCCACCAUUAUAACAGCUGGCACACUCGUCGAACUUUAGGUUCGAGAAGAACAAGAUACUCUUCUAGUAAAGAUUGGUCGUCGCAAGCCAGAGACAGCAUGCGUCUGUAUCAAACAAAUUCGUAUAGGAAAAGGGGGUCCACGUGCUCGACCGGUACUACUACAACGGUUGUGGUAGUACCGUUCCCGAAAUUAUCACAAACUAAGUUUAGCAACGAUGUUGGAUGAGACAUAAUGCCGCGAGGAGAUAGAAGAGCGACAAUGGACACUCUUCUGGAAGAGGAAGGAGCCUGUUCGUACACGUCUUCUCGUGGCAAUUCAAUUCCGAAUGUUGACAUAUCAGCGUUUAACAUAAACUGAAACGCAACUGUGUGAUUGUGGACCUCGUCGAAAAUACUAUUUUUGUCACACCUGGACAAUCUCAUGACAAUGUUUAAUGUGGAAUAUUUUUUCUAUGUCAAUGGAUGUCAGUUUUGUACUCGUUUACCAAGAAAAUAUCUGCAAUUUCAUGUUUAAUGAAACCAUUCUUGGAUUGUUUGUUUUUCUUGCUAAUUAUAAAUGCAUGUAAAUUAAAUGCUUAAUUUACAGUUCCAUUCAAAUGUAAAAUAUGUAAAUGGUGAAAAAAGAUAUAAAAAAUUAUGGACCGUGUAACCCAAACGAAAUAUAAUAUCAUACAUAAUAAAAAAAAUAUUUCCCAAUUUUCCUGCAGGGAUAUUAAACGUCGUAAAAAAUUUACGUGGGAGCAAUAUAAAACAUCAAUUUUGGCACUCAAGGUUUGGACACAAGUACAAAACAAAUUCUACACUUUUCUAGUUUAUUGGAUAAGGGAGGAGCAUAUUUUUUUAAUGAUUAUUAAACAUUUAUCGAAU